CUCUUUGUACCAAGAAAUUGAAAGAAAGACCAGAAAGGCUUCUCACUUUCUCCAUCGGUCACUCCCACUCUUCUGCAGCAAAGGUAUUAAUGGCUUCCAUUACUGCAAGCUUGUCUCCAUUGUUUGUGCAGGGUAGAAAAACCCCUUCCAGAACUGUUCAGAAACUUCCCGUUUCUUCCUUCAGAGAGAGAAAAAAUCAUGCUUUUGUUAUGAAGGCAUCAGGGGAAAGCUCUGAGUCUUCUACCUCUCUCACUAUUGUUAAGUCUGUUCAAAAUGUUUGGGACAAGUCUGAAGAUCGAUUGGGUCUUAUAGGUCUGGGGUUUGCAGCUAUAGUAGUUCUAUGGACAUCACUUAAUCUGGUUUCGGCCAUUGACAGGUUGCCACUUAUCCCAAGUGCUCUAGAAUUGAUUGGGGUUCUGUUUUCAGCUUGGUUUACAUAUCGCUACCUCUUAUUCAAACCUGAUCGGGAAGAGCUAAUCCAAAUCAUCAAGAAACCAGUAUCAGACAUACUGGGACAGUGAAUACUGCUGCAUGAUAUAAUCUUUAUUCCCCACGGAUUGGGGUUUGAUGAUUAAUCUGUAUCACAGUGCCAAUUAAAAGACAGACAGAACCUUCAUAUCAUGUCGGCUUAUGGAACACAUGCAUGUAACCUUUUGAACGGUUGAUUAAGUUUCUAUUAAUAUUCAAUCAUAAUAGAUCGUAGCAGUCAGGUUAACUGUUCUGACAUUUUCUUUAUGUUAACUGGAAAAUGAGGCAAGGCGUAUGCAUAUGAAAUUAAACUUUCUAUGCAGUUAUUUGCCUGUUCAACAUGUGUGCAACCUUUUACAGCUUACCUUGAUUGAAUGUGAAGAUUUCUUCCUUGCAGAUCUUAUAGCAUAUUCCAGACCAUGAGUUUAGGAUAUAAUUGCAUGUUUUCUUCUUCUAAUGCACAUUUCUGUUCAGACUCCAAUGGUAGGAUUGCUGCCUUGAAGAAAUUGUCCACCCAUCA